AUGGUGAUUGUAGUUCCAGAUACACUGACAAUAGGAGGUUUCAUAGUCUAUGGUUUUCUAUUCCACGUUCUCACAAGAUUCAAUGAUAAAAUAGCGUCCCACCCAGGCUGGAUAAAUGAAUGGGCAAUUAGAAAUCCCAUGCAGUCGGUUGGUUCCUUGACAUUACGUUUUAAAAUAUGUAAAAAGAGUAAAACACACGAAUUAGUAAGCAGAUUUACGAGCAAACUGAUUCCAGGAGUGAGAGGUGACUGUCCACACGAUGUCACGGCGCAGGCGUACGGAUGUUUUACGUCAUACAGUAGUCACUUACAGAAUAUGCAAGCCAGCAGACGACAGUUGUGUUGUGGAGUGGACGUAGAAACUCUCAGGGCCUUUUGUAGUUCAAUAGAUCGAUUACUCGAUUCGAUUGAUUGA